UGUGCGUCAUCUCCGCGCAUGUAGAGAUGAGUCGCCGAACGUUCGCAGGAGUGAAGCAGAGUGGAGUUACCGGCUUCGUAACUGAUCGACCUAUCGACCAUCCAUACAUACGUACACCGUCGCUCGAUCGAUUCGUUCUGUCAAACGCGUUCGUUUUCCGCACCAUGGAAGCUCUGAUACCGGUGAUAAACAAGCUGCAGGACGUGUUUAACACCGUUGGUGCUACUGUGCUACAGCUGCCGCAAAUCGUCGUCCUGGGCACGCAGAGUUCUGGAAAGUCGUCUGUAAUAGAGAGCUUAGUGGGUCGCUCUUUCUUACCACGAGGGACUGGCAUUGUCACGCGACGUCCGUUAAUACUGCAGCUCGUGUACACACCGAAGGAUGAUCGAGAACACAGAAGCGCGGAGAACGGUACUCUGGACCUGAACGAGUGGGGAAUGUUCUUGCACACAAAGAACAAGAUCUACAAGGAUUUCGAGGGCAUACGCGCGGAGAUCGAGGCCGAAACUGACAGAAUGGCCGGAGCGAACAAGGGAAUCUGUCCCGAACCGAUCAGUCUCAAAAUAUACUCGACGUCUGUCGUUAAUUUGACGCUCAUAGAUCUGCCUGGUAUCACAAAAGUGCCAGUAGGCGAUCAGCCAGAAGACAUCGAGAAUCAGAUACAUGAACUCGUAUUAAAGUACAUAUGUAGCCCUAACUCUAUAAUCCUAGCAGUUGUCACUGCCAACACCGACAUGGCUACCAGCGAGAGCUUGAAACUGAGCAAAGACGUCGAUCCAGAUGGCAGACGAACACUGGCCGUUGUUACAAAGCUAGAUCUCAUGGAUGCCGGAACUGAUGCCUUGGAUAUCUUGUGCGGUAGGGUCAUCCCGGUUAAGCUGGGCAUUAUAGGCGUCGUCAACCGUUCUCAGCAAGACAUCAUGAACAAGAAGAACAUUCAGGAGGCGCUAAAGGACGAGGCGAUGUUCCUGCAACGAAAAUAUCCGACGCUGGCCAACAGAAACGGAACUCCUUACCUGGCAAAGACUCUGAAUCGUCUACUUAUGCAACAUAUCAGAGACUGUUUGCCAGAGUUGAAGAACAGAGUGAACACGAUGGUCGCGCAAUAUCAGACGUUGCUGAAUUCUUACGGCGGAGACGUCGAGGACAAAAGUCAGACCUUGCUGCAGAUCAUCACCAAGUUCGCCAACAGCUAUUGCGCUACGAUAGAAGGCACAGCCAGGAAUAUAGAGACCACGGAGCUGUGCGGCGGCGCGCGUAUCUGUUACAUAUUCCACGAAACGUUCGGUAAGACGCUCGACUCGAUCAAUCCGCUGGCAGAUCUCAGCAAGGUGGACAUAUUGACCGCUAUCCGAAACGCUACCGGACCGAGGCCGGCUCUCUUCGUACCGGAAGUCUCCUUUGAGCUACUGGUCAAGCGGCAAAUACGCAAAUUGGAGGAUCCCUCCCUGCGGUGCGUCGAACUCGUGCACGAGGAGAUGCAAAGUAUAAUACAGCACUGCGGCACCGAGGUGCAGCAGGAAAUGCUGCGUUUCCCCAAACUGCACGAGCGCAUUGUCGACGUCGUUACGCAACUGCUUCGCAGGCGGCUCCCGCCUACCAAUUCGAUGGUGGAGAACCUGGUGGCGAUAGAAUUGGCGUAUAUCAACACGAAGCAUCCCGACUUUCACAAAGAUGCGGCAUUCGUAUCGUCUUUGCUCAAGGAAGCCGAUGUAGAUCACCUGAAGCACAACAAGCGAUUAGCUUUAACCACCUCUACGUCCAGCACUAUAAUCCCAAAUGACACAACUAAGGAGCAGCAAGGACAGCAAAACAGCAAUCAUUGGCUGUUGAGUAACUUGCUACUACAAGGGAGAUCGGAAUCGAAUUCCAAUUCUAUGGACGGUUCCCCGGUCAGAAAAUACGACAGUAAUAAUUCACACGCGAAUCCGUCGCUCGAAUUACAGAAAGCCUCGCCACAACAGAAGCCAGUAAAUCUACUGCCUGCGGUGCCGAUACAAACGUCACGGAAACUUAGCGAGCGUGAGCAACGGGAUUGUGAUAUUAUUGAAAGGCUCAUAAGAUCAUACUUUUAUAUUGUACGAAAGUCUAUUCAGGACAGUGUACCAAAGGCUGUUAUGCAUUUCCUAGUCAAUUACGUGAAAGAUAAUUUACAAAGUGAGCUCGUCACGCACUUGUACAAGUCGGAUCAGGCUGAGGCCCUGCUGAUCGAGAGCGAACAUAUCGCUGUUAGACGCAAGGAAACAGCGGACAUGCUUAAGGCGUUAACCCAAGCUGGCCACAUCAUUAGCGAAAUUCGAGAGACGCACAUGUGGUAGCCGAGCGCCUAAAAGCCUUCACGCCGCUGGAGUCUAGUUGAAUAUAGUUUUGCAUCGGAUUUGCGCUGGAGUCGAUACUUUAUCCACAGGCACUCGCAUCUGGUGGAACUACUCUCGUGGAGAAAUGGAUGACCAUGACGCUGAAGUAUUUCGCAUCCUUCGUCAAUAAAGCGUGGUUCUCUAAUCACAACUAUUCCUACAAAGACAAAUAUCAUUUAGAAUUGCAUUUUUUCUGUAUUCUUCGUCGUUUUGUACGAUCAACUCGUGCCUAAUUGGAGUACUUACUAUAUGGAUAAGAAUGCCGAAUCACGUACGUAGGGACAACAAUCGUGAUUCACAAGACUGAUCAUAAAUCGCGUCAAAUCGAGUAUUUAAUGUUUCUGAGUAUACAGACAUGCCUCGUUCUAUUGUGAAUGUUUUCGAGAACUGCAUAUGCAAUUAAUCGAUUGUAAAUAACGUAGCAUAGCUGAGACCAAUAGGAGAUGAAUUUUUGUUUCAUACAGAUGACCAUUUUGUUUAGUACAAAGAUAAUAAAAAGAUAUCACAAAGAA